AUGUCCCAUCGACGCACUUUCUCAGAAAACUCGCCUCCCCGUAAACGACAUAAAGAGUUACCGUUGUCAUUGGAGACUCAACUUACUGUGACCGUAGAUGGAUAUGUCUCGGAUGGUGGGUUUGACGGCGACCUUUCAAGUCCUAUUCACCAUCACAGAGAGCUUGAGUCUCAAAAUGACACAACUGAGGGUUCACAAGUGGAAGUAAAGAAUGCAGAGCAAAGUGUCAUGGAUUCGAUACAUUCCGAUGACAUAUCAAGUCAAUUGCCCACCACUAGUCAAAUUGAGUUCACCACCUCACAGCAAUCAUUGUUGAAUUGGGUUCACAGCCUUUCGCAAGCUCAAGCGAAUCAGGAAGCUAUAUACCGGGAAGCGCAACUGAAAUGGCUCAACAACGGUGACCCAGGCUGCAAUGAAUAUGACAAAUCUUCGAAUAAUCCCUGCCACAGUAGUAUGCCUCCUCAUUCUGAUCUUUAUGUCCCUCGUCGGUCUUCAUCUUCAUUUAACAAUCUCGGGCCACAGGCACCUUUCGAUGCAAAGGACAUCAUGUUGGCAUGGUAUCAGCAACAUUUGGACUCACUCGAAGGUGAACUUGCUAUUCAUAGGGCCCAUUUGGCUCUGUGGCAUCGACUUGUUGGUACUAUGGCGGAACGAGCAAAUGGGAUUGGUGCCGCACUUACUGAUGCUAUUAUGUGGGGUGUGGAUGAGAUAGAGAUGCCACCGCUACCACCUGAAUACAUCGCGUUUCGAGAAACAUUGUGA